AGAGGCUGCAGGCCGCCGGGCUCGCUGGCCUUGUUUGGCUCUGCUGUCGCUGGGCCUCUGCUUGUUGGUGUGUCCCUCCCCCCACCCUGGAGGAGGGCUCGCCCUGCGUGGCAGUGAUGCUAUGGGCUAAAUGCCAGAAGUGGCCCUGGCAAGAUGGACACGUAACCAGGAGGCUUCAGGACCCUGCAAGGGACCUCCAGGCGUCCUCCAUUAGUCAAGACGCUGUUGCCGAAUAAUGGAGGGUGAGGAGCAGCCAGCUCAGGAGGCUGAUGCAGAGUCCAUGGUGAUGUCAGGGACUCCAGAGGCAGUACCAAGGAUGCUUUCUGAAGACCACCAGAAUUUGUCUGAUGUUGAUGCCUUCAACCUGCUCCUGGAGAUGAAGCUGAAGCGGCGGCGGGAGCGGCCCAACCUUCCCCGCACUGUGACCCAACUGGUGGCUGAAGAUGGGAGCAGGGUAUAUGUGGUGGGUACUGCUCACUUCAGUGAUGACAGCAAGCGGGAUGUCGUGAAGACCAUCCGGGAGGUACAGCCUGAUGUGGUGGUUGUGGAGCUCUGCCAGUACCGUGUGUCCAUGCUGAAGAUGGAUGAGAGGACACUACUACGCGAGGCCAAGGAAGUCAGCUUAGAGAAGCUACAGCAGGCCAUCAGGCAGAAUGGACUCAUGUCUGGGCUCAUGCAGAUGCUGCUGCUGAAGGUGUCUGCCCACAUCACCGAGCAGCUGGGGAUGGCCCCUGGUGGCGAGUUCAGGGAGGCCUUCAAGGAGGCUAGCAAAGUGCCAUUCUGCAAGUUCCACUUGGGUGAUCGACCCAUCCCAGUCACCUUCAAGAGGGCUAUUGCUGCACUCUCCUUCUGGCAGAAGGUCAAGCUGGCCUGGGGCCUGUGCUUCCUUUCAGACCCAAUCAGCAAGGACGAUGUGGAGCGCUGCAAGCAGAAGGACCUGUUGGAACAGAUGAUGGCGGAGAUGAUUGGCGAGUUUCCUGACUUGCAUCGCACCAUUGUCUCAGAGCGUGACAUCUACCUGACCUACAUGCUGCGGCAGGCGGCCCGGUGCCUUGAGCUACCCCGUGCCUCUGACGCUGAGCCCAGGAAGUGUGUCCCCUCUGUGGUGGUGGGUGUUGUGGGUAUGGGUCAUGUGCCUGGCAUUGAGAAGAACUGGAGCACCGAGCUCAACAUUCAGGAGAUCAUGACUGUCCCCCCACCAUCUAUCUCGGGCAGAGUAUCCCGGAUGGCCAUGAAGGUUGCCUUCUUUGGCCUGCUGGGCUACGGCCUAUAUUGGAUGGGCCGCCGAACCAUGAACCUGGUCCUAUCCUUGCCUGCUACGCAGUUCUGCCUCCAGAAGGUGUCCCAGGCCCGGCCAAGCCAGUAGAAGGCCAUGCGGACCAGUGAGCGCACCCACCACACGCAGGGGCUCUACUCCCCUGCAUCACAGCAGGUGCUCCUGAGAAGCUGGUACCACCCGCCCAGGGGUUUCCCUGGGUGCAGAUGCAUCCAUGCCACCCCCCAUGGGGGUCCCGGCCAAGCCAAGCCUUUCCUGCCCUCCCUACCCCCUGCCACCCAAAUAAAGAAUUAUUUAACUGACUGAGCUCAGGCUUCCCAGCAGCCCCACACACUCAGUGCAAGGGCUGCCCAUAGGUGUCAGGACCCAGCAGCCCAGUUUAAGGGAGCCAGAGGCUGAGGGAGGGUGCAGAAAUGCUCCUUCUAGCUCCAGGGUGGACCUGGAAAAUGGCUGCUGUACUACCUCACUGUGCCUUGUGCUCUGGUUAGCAGGAACAUCUGGCCCUGAGUGCAUCUUGCCACAGAUGUGGGGGCUGGCAAGUUUGGGAAGCUGGGUGUCCAUACAGCUCCUUCCUAUGGGGUGUGGGAGCUCUGGCUGACCUGGACUUCCAUGUGGCAUUGCUAGCUGUGUCUCUGCCUGCAGAGAUUCUAUUUUGGUGUGGUUUUUUUUUUUUUUUUUUAAUAUUUGAAAAGUUUUUUACUCAGGUAAUUUUAAUAUCAAAGAGAAAACAAACUGGAACAAAUGUCAGGAAACAUGCCUUAAGUCCAGUGGUGACAAAGAAUAAGUCUUUUCCUAUGUGUCUGUGUACCCUAAGUGGGCAAGGGUACAUCAGAGGUCAGCUCAGGGGUCCAGGCCCCAGCCCUGUGAGUGAUGGGGGCUGCUGCCUCAGGCGUGAGCCUGCUAGAGGGGCCUGGCCUGCUUCCUGUACAUCAGGUGUGAUGCCCAGGCUGCCCUGACUGGACAGUCAGCCUGCGUGCUACUAGACAACCACUAUCAGCCAUACACCUAGGACCAUGGUUAGCCUGCAAUGCUCAGCCAUUCAUGUAUACAAACUGUGGCUUCUGGCAUGUACUGCAUCUACUGCACAGCCUGUCAGGACCAAGGCCACUCUCAUUGUCCUUGUAUUGACUCAAAUCAGGUGAAACACCAUGAGCCAGGUAGGGGCCACAGGGUGGACUGGUUGUGUACUUGUCACUCAUGGAUUCGUUCCCUAGAAACAGAAAUAAAUUCUAAUUUUGGAAGCUCC